UGCAGCUGACAGCAUGUUUGCGACAGAGCUAGAGAUAUAAACAUAUACGAGUAAUGCAGGUUCGAAGUAUGUGAAUGAAGACGGACGAUCAGUGUGGACAUAGUUCGAUAUAUUUAAUUCUACUAGCUACAGUAAUUUGGCUAGCCGAAGCAGUAAUAACUGGUGAAAGUAUGUAUUUAUCUAGCAGCUGGCUAGCUUGCUAGCGAAGCGAAUAGCCUGCUAACGCUGUCCAGGUAGCUAGCUAGCUAGUAGGAGUUGGCCGGUUGGCUAGCUAGAUGGCUAGCUAGCCAACGAUCUACAGUAGCUGAGAAAAAGCUUGAUUCUGCCUGGUCGAAUAGUGCACUGAAGUCGCCAAGGAUUCAGCCCGGAAAGUUGAUGUCACAUUUGUCAUGGCUUCGAGUUUCGCCCCACCGAAACUAGCAGACUUCAUUCUGACCGAGAAGCUGGGCAGUGGCACCUAUGCGACAGUUUAUAAAGCAUACAGGAAGGGGGACAACCGAGAGGUGGUUGCUGUAAAGGUUGUGGGGAAGAAGAGCCUGAAUAAGGCCUCUAUGGAGAACCUGCUGACAGAGAUCGAGAUCUUGAAGACUGUGCGACAUCCCCACAUUGUGCAGCUCAAGGACUUCCAGUGGGACAGUGAGAACAUCUACCUGAUCCUGGAGUGGUGUUCAGGGGGGGACCUGUCCCGUUUCAUCCGCAGUCGUCGGCUGCUGCCUGAGAAAGUGGGGCGACGCUUCCUGCAACAAAUAGCGUGUGCUCUGCAGUUCCUUCAUGAGCGAAACAUCUCCCAUCUGGAUCUCAAACCCUCCAACAUUCUCCUCAGUGGUUCUGUGCUCAAACUGGCAGAUUUCGGCUUCGCCCAGUACAUGUCUCCGUGGGACGAGCAGAGCGUACUGAGGGGUUCCCCUCUCUACAUGGCCCCAGAGAUGGUGUGCCGCCGGCAGUACGACGCCCGGGUUGAUCUGUGGUCCGUGGGGGUCAUCCUGUAUGAGGCCCUCUUCGGACGUCCGCCAUUUGCCUCACGUUCCUAUGCUGAGCUGGAGGAGAAGAUCCGCAGUGACCGUCCCAUUGAGCUGCCGGCGGGGGCGAGAGUGUCCCGGGACUGCAGGGACCUGCUGCUGCGGCUGCUGGACAGGGACCCCAACACCCGCAUCACUUUCGACGAGUUCUUCCUACACCCCUUCGUGGACCUGGAGCACAUGCCCAGUGCUGAGAGCCUGGGGAGGGCAAAGGAGCUGGUACUGCGGGCGGUGCAGAAGGACCAGGAAGGGGACAGGUCAGCCGCGCUGUCCCUCUACUGCAGCGCGCUGGAGCACUUCGUCCCAGCCAUCCACUAUGAGACGGACAGACAGCGCAAGGAGGCUCUCAGACAGAAGGUGAACCAGUACGUGUCCCGGGCAGAGGAGCUGAAAGCCCUGGUGGCAUCAGACAACAGAAUCUGCUUUGAGGAGGCUAGGUCAUCUAGAGACAUUCUGAAAGAGAUGGCCCGGGACCAGCCCCGCCUGCUGGCUGCCCUGGAGGUAGCGGCCACUGCGGUGGCUAAGGAGGAGAGUGGGAUGGAGGACCAGGACACUCUGGAUCUGUACCAGCAGAGCUUGGGAGAGCUGCUGCUGGCGCUGGCAGCGGAGGCCCAGGGUCGCCGGAGGGAGCUUCUCCACAGUGAGAUUAAAAGGCUAAUGACCCGGGCUGAAUACCUCAAAGAGCACCUGAAGAUGCAGGAGGCUCAGACAGAUGUGUCCCUGGACAGGGAACCUCUCUCAGAGUCCGUACGGAGCAGCUGCUGCAUUCAGUGAGCUCCGGGGACAUGAUGGAGCACCAGGAACAUCAUGUAUCAGAGUCCCUUCUACCUUACAUCACAGGCGAAGCCGCUGGUCCUGCUAAGACCCACUGCUCUAGAAGCUCCUGUACCUCCUCAUAACUCUUCUCAUAAAUGUAGUGCAUUUGCACUUCUCAGCCUGCAACCGUACACACCAAGACAGGAGACUUUGUUGCAGUUCCGCAGUCCACAGUUUCAUUCAGUUUCUCUGUAGCAUUUGUAGAGCAUUCACACCAGGUGAAUUCGGUUUUGUUGUUCAUUUGCUAACUCUGUAGUUUUUACUGUAGCUUCCUAAGGGAAUGGUGACUGAGUACCCAAAUAGAGUAGGAACUGCCUUAAUUGAUAAAGCGAAUGCUUUCAAUAGCCCUCAAUAAGGGCUGCUUUUCGACCACCCUCUUGUGACUGUCACACACAGACACUCCCUUGUGGCCUUACCACAACCUCACUGGGUGCUCCCCACGGGAAGGCUGACCGUCACCGCCCUGAGUGGGGCAUCAACAAAGAAAUAGCACAUUGUUUACAUUUCUUCUAGUUUUAUUUGGUUUACCACAGUUCAAUCAAGAAGUGGGCAGCAGUGUGGUGUAAUGGCAAGGAGCUGUGCUCCUACUCCAAAGGCUGGCGGUGUGAAUC